GGCCCGACCGCGGAAAAGCCCAUCAUCCCGACGAGAUAGUCCGGCCGCGCCGGAAAAGCGCAUUUCCCGAUAGUCGUAGUCGGCACAGUACCCACCACGGUGGCCAACGAUCGCCCGUCCGUCAGCUCCUCCGUCGUCUGGUCGUACGCCGCGUAUAAUUGGCCUGAGCGCCGCCGAAUAGCGCGACGACGUACCUAACGAUAAUAAUAUUAAAAUAUAGUGACCACUGUCGCACUAAACUUAGCGCGUUUAACAUUAUUAUCACCGUCGUUGGUCGUCGCACGAGGCUACGGAGCGAUAGACGGCAACAGCGCUAUAAUAAUAUUGUUAUCAGGUUUAGAUUAAUUUUUCGAAUUUUUUUCCGUUUCGAAAAUCCAAUUUCGAAGGAUUCUCAUACGGACGAGACCGCGGCGCGGCCGCUCAUACCACGUUCGGACAUGAAGGACGCCGACGACUGUUGCGGGACCACCGUUUUCGGGUGUUUUCCGGGCGCGAGGCGCAAAAAUAAACCGCCAAAGGCGAAAUCGCCGCCGCCGGUACAGGACUUACAGGGGGACAGUCCGGGCGGCUCGGUGCAGGCGUUCUACCGGCAAAACCGCGGAAAGUCGUGCCGGAAAAUCAUGCGGUUCAACGGAUAUCCGAACAAAGUUCUUCUUUAUCCGGAAGAAGGAUGGGCACGAAGUGCAGUUUCGAGUUAUUGGACCCUCACGCCUACUUGGUGGAAUCGCAGCAAAUGUAAAGUAGUAGAAGUCACAGGCACUAGGAAGUAUACAACAUUGGCUAAAAUGGUAGACACCGAUACCGGCAACCUUUUUAUCGUCGGUUCAUUUAAUAAACGUACUGAUCCAGAUUUUAAAUUAUGCCUUACGUCCAAUGUGAGCACAGCUGACUUCAACAUGGGCUACAGUAUCACCGGUUCGUUGGAGUGUGGAUCCACAAAAAACAACAGUUUCCAAACAACACAUUUCGCCGUUAUUCGGAGAAGAGAUUUCGAUACAAAUCGGCCGUAACAAUAAAAAGUUACUCGAAAAAAGCAAAAAAAGGAUUGUUCCGACCAAUGGACGCGCACCUGAGACUAUUCGCUGAAUUAUGUAUAAUAUUCAAUCCUAAACAAUUACAAAGAUAAUAUUGUAAGACGUAAAAGGCAUACAAUAGGCAUAAAAAACAUACUAUGGAGUGGGGAGGGGGUAGGGGGGAGGGGGAGGGGUGGCUGUGUUCACAUUUUUCUGAACCAUACGAGAUAAUAUUAUUUUCGUAGCAAAAUACAUGAUUAAUGUCAUUAUAAUUUAUUAUAAUAAUAUAUAGGCACCUAUUGGUACGACAAUAUUUUUUUGUAGAUAACGACUGCAGAAUUCAUAUUCACUGCCAAUGUUUUAACGUUUCUUUUUUCUUUUUUUUAUUACGAAGACAUCUUGUAAAUAUAAUAAUAUAACAUGCUGUUUAUUAAAAUCAAUACAACCAGAUAAAUACGUAGGGUGGUUAAAAUUAUAAUCACAUCGAAUUAAAUAAUAUCGCACUAAAUAGUAAAUAGGUAUGCACAAUAUUAUUUUGUUUCUCGAGUAGUAUAUAGAGCUGCACACUGAAUACGAGGAUUAAACUAAAUUCGAUUACACCGCUGAAGUGAUUUGAAAUGAUUUAACCCUCAUAUUCUGUUUAUGAACAUAAUGAAUUAAAUAAAUAAUAAAAUAGUAUUAUACUGCAGCUAAUUGCUAGUUAUGAGUUUAUGAGUAUACUAUGGUCAAAUUAAUGUUUGCCGUGGGAAAUGAGUAUAAUAUGAAGUAGUUAAAAAUAUUAUAUCGUAAUAAAGUUAUUAUGAACUACCUCGGCUUAUUCCAAAAUUAGUAUUUUUCUAUUGUUAUUAAUAAAAAUAAAAUAGCGUAUUAAAUAAUAUUAUUCUGGUUGGUAUAAAUUCAAUACGAUAAUUGGAUAAUACCUAUAUAAUCUGAUGAAAUUAUGUUUUAUAAAAUAUACGUACCGAAUCGAACAAUUUUAUAACAGGUAUCUUGUAUCUUGUAUGAUGAUUAAAUUAUUAUAUUCUUCUGUAACUGAAACCAUUCUAUUAUUAUAAGGUUUAAAUGGCCUGGGAACUGUAAUGUUACAUACUUACAUGUUAAGUUAUAGUUAUAAUUAGGUGUAUAAAAAUUACGUAUUUAAGAGUAGAAUAAGAAGUACCUAUACAAGUAUAAUAGUUAUAAGUAUAAUAUUUAUUUUUUUUUUGGUAGAUAUUAUUAUUUUAAUCGAUUAAUAAAUGAACAUAAUUGUGUGUAGUUUUUUUUUUUUGUUUCUAUUUUUCGAUAAUCAGAAGUCAAAUUGUAUACUUUUAUUUUUAAAAAUAACAAAAACAGCUUGUUGUUCACAUAUUAAACUGCAGAUUCGUCACCCUAUAGAUCCAUUUACAGUGGACGUGGCGAGUAGCAUUAAAGCAGGGUGAAGUUUCAUGGAAAAGUUUUUAAAAAAUGCAGAACAUAAAACUUUCUGUUUCAGAUUUUCAGUUAAAGUUUUAAGAAUUCGCAUGAGCUGUAAUGUAAAUUUCUGGCAUUUUAUAUACUUUUCAUUGCAAUCCCGACGAUAAUCCGUACGUGAGCUGGUUUUAUCACUCAAACGUGAUUCAGAUGUAUCUGAUCGGAUAUGUAUGCGCUCAAAUGUCUUGGAUUUCUUAAAAGUUUAACAAGUAAUUUUUUUAAUGUUACAUCCAUUUUGUACAACCACAAUUAUACUGUUAGUAUUGACGUUAUAAUAAUAAGUACCUAAUUAAUAAUUAUAGUUUAAGUGUCGAGCUACGAUUAUUUCAUGAAAAAAAUUAAUUUUAAGGUAAAAUCUCUAUACUUAUAAUUCAUGAUUGAUAAAAAAAAAAAAUAGUUGUAAUAAUAUACAUUAAUCGGUGUUUUACGGCCAUAAAAUCAGAUAACCCGUCCAUAAACAUUUUGAUGUCACUAUAUCCAAUAAACAUCUAACUAUAAUACAUUUAAGAUAUUAUUUUAAAUGUUCUGAUGUUUUAAUAUUUUGCCUACUGUUUUAGUUAAAUCUUUGUGUCCUAAAAAUUAGAUUAAUGUACACACUAUCAAUAAAGUAUUUUGAUAUGCAAUUCCGAAGUUGAAUAGAGCUGUAUAAUAAUAGAAUUAAUAAUAUAUAUAUAUAUUAUAAGGUUGUAAAAUAUGCUUUCAUAGAACUAUUUAUUUAUGACUUAAGCUUAGGCAUAACAAUCUAUGUAUUUAUUGUGUAUUUGCUUUAAUUUUGACACACAUUUGUGAUAUUGUAAACAACGCAAAUAAACGUUUAUCAAUUUGCUAUA